GGUUCCUCUGCAAUUGGGUUUUGUAUGGUCAGACUAGAGGAUGCGGUGCUGUGAUGGCUUAUAUAAGUGGACCCAACCCGCGCGCAAGAAGCCAGCGGUCAAACGCAGUCACCGUGGUCUUCUGCUUCUCACCUCUCUUCUUUGCUGGUGCUUCAUUCUCAUCACAUUAUACGCCUUUUUUGUUUCUCUAACGCUCCUUGUAAUUGUUGAUUUUCAUCGCGGCUAGCGCGCAGGCUUGCCUCCGUCUCCCACUAGUCCGAAUAAUCUAACCGCUCACAGCCCAACGACAUUCAUGGCGUCCCAAAACCCGAUUCGCAGAAAACUGGUCAUCGUCGGUGACGGUGCUUGUGGAAAGACCUCUCUUUUAUGCUCUUUUGCACUAGGAGAAUUUCCAAAGGAAUAUCAACCGACUAUAUUUGAGAACUACGUCGCCGAAAUCAGGCUAGAUGGAAAACCUGUGCAAUUGGCGCUUUGGGAUACUGCAGGGCAAGAAGAGUAUGAACGUUUACGACCACUGUCCUACUCCAAGUCACAUGUUAUUUUAAUUGCUUUUGCUAUCGACACCCCAGAUUCUCUGGACAACGUAUCUGUAAAAUGGAUCGAAGAAGUUCGGAGCAUAUGUGGCCCAACCAUCCCCAUUCUACUCGUUGGGUGUAAAGCCGACCUGCGUCCAUCCCCCGAUUCUCCUGAUAUUGGCAACUUCGUACCGCGUACUGAGGCUGAACGCGUGGCAUCUAUGAUUGGCGCGCGCGCUUACAAGGAGUGCUCUGCCCUCAAGAUUGAGGGUGUAGAUGAUGUUUUCGAGGCUGCUACUCGAGCAAGCAUGCUCAUGAGGGAGGGCGUUCCUUCAUCUGCUCAUCACAGAAGGAAGAGCAGUGGGCGUAGUGGUGUAGCGUCCAACAGGGACUCGACCGGUGGCAGCUGGAAGUGCUGCGUUGUCUGCUGAUGAAUGCACUUACCCGCGCUCAUUUCGGGCUUAUACUCGGAUGGACCAUACAGACUAGCUCCUGCUCUUGCACAUACGUGAUAUGUCGCGUUGUUCUCGCUUUGAUUCCAGUCUGGAGCUAAUUUGUUCACGUCGCCUCGCCUCACCUUCCACCCAAGUAGUCUGCUAAUAUCACUGGAUCUCAUUUGUCUGAUUUUUGUUCAAUGCAUAGCGCUAUAUAGCAUACUUUUUUUCUUUUUCGUUUCGUUCGGCCUUCGUCCUAUACGCUAUGUCAAAGCUAAGUCUUGGACUAGGUUCAUGUUUAGACUUCGGAUUAUACGUACAUAGCAUCUUAUGCAUACAAUAUCUGCGCACUGGCGAAACCUAGAUAAAUCAGAAGCGCUAAGUAACUUGAUUUUGUACACAGUUCAGUCAGUCUCGUCGAACGCGUGUACGGUGUAGCUAUUUUGUACAACGAAUACAUCAAAAAGAGGAAUUCUCGCAAAU